GCGCAGAACUACGCCUCCCAGCGUGCCGAGCGCGGCCGGUUCCCGUCAGCGCCGAGGGGGAGCCCCCCAACGUAAAGGGGGAUCACUUUCCCCUUGUGUCCGCCAUAUUGGACGGUAACUCUGCCCAGCGGCGCCGGGGCCGAGCGAGUCCCCGUGGCCGUGACAGCCCCGCUUCGCCCGCGCCGCCCGGGGAGCUCCGGCCCCGCCCGGCCUCGCCAGCCCCGGGCGCUUGGCGCGACCCCGCGCCCCUUCCCCCCACCUCCUCCUCUUCCCCGGCGCUCCCUCCUCCCGUGCCCGGGUGUCAGCACCAUGAGUCCGGCCGACGCCAAGCGCGGAGCGAAGCGCCGGAAGAACAAGCGGGGCGGCGGCCUCGGCAGCACCGGCGGGCCGGGACCCAGCGGCGGCACCGGCGGGCUGGGCAAGGCCGGGGGUGCGGCGGCAGCGGCCCCCGCCCCGCCGGGCGCGGUGGGCGCCCUGCUGACAGCUCCGGGCGGCGGCAGCGGAGCCCCGGGCGGCGCCGGGGCCGCGGCGGGACACGGCGAGGUUUCACUAAAUGGUACACAGUUUACAGACAGUUCUGUUGGAUCAGAAUUCACAGGUGUUUCUCAGACACCAUUUACCUUUGGCUUGGGCCAAAGGGCACCCUAUACAACUGGCGAGCAUUGUCUUCUUUGUAGAAGUGAACGAAAAGAUACUUCGCUUGCAGAGAGCGGAAUCAAAAAUUCCAGCAAAACAGCACUUUCCACAUCUCCAAAAUCAAACAACAUGCUGCACCUUCCACUGUGGGUGUGCCCAGACUGUCGAAGAACGGUCGAAAAGGAGGAGAGGCACGCUACAAUAGAGCAGUCUCUCGUGAGCCAAGAUUUCCUUUUGCACAUGCCUCUUGGAAACAGUGGAUCACAGCAGGAAUCUGUAGGAGGAGGAAGAAUAACUGUUGGUGCACAGACAGUGCCGGCUGCAGAUCUUAGCAAUUCCUCUCCUUCAGACAUAGCAUGCAACUGUGAGGCCUGUAAUGAGCGCAGAGAAAAUUCAGCAGAGCCUGAACGUGAACCUCAGCAGCUACAGAAUUACUGGUCUGAAGUCAGAUACAUGGUCCGGUGUAUUUAUCGUCAAGCUGGGACCCCUCUGGCAGAUGACCAAGACCAAUCGUUGGUACCAGAUAAAGAAGGAAUGAAGGAGCUGGUGGAUAGGCUUUGUGAAAGAGAUCCAUACCAGCUUUACCAACGGUUGGAGCAGCAAGCUAGGGAGUACGUGCUGGAAAUGAAGGUUCGUCUGCUCAGACACCUGUCCCUGGGAUCGAAGGUUGCGUCGACGCUGGCGACAGAAGGGCCACCCCAGGCACAGCAGUUCAUCUCACUCCUGCUUGAAGAGUACAGUGCACUCUGUCAGGCAGCCUGUACAAUCAGCGCCUUCCUAGUUACUCUGGAAAAUGAACAUUUGAAGAAAUUUCAGGUGACGUGGGAAUUGCACAACAAGCAUCUGUUUGAAAAUUUGGUAUUUUCUGAGCCACUCCUGCAGAACAGCUUGCCGACGCUGGUGUCACAGCUAAGGCUUGGAACGACACAUGAUUCCUGUAGUGAAGAUAUGUACAGUACCUUGCUACAAAGGUAUCAUCAGCUGGAACAGGAAAUGGGCCAAGUUGCUGAAGCAUGGCUUGAAUGCCAGAAAAGAAUAGAUGAUUAUGUUGAUGAACAGAUGGCCAUGAAAACAAAACAACGCAUGCUAAAGGAAGACUGGGAAUUUUUUAAACAGAGGCGUUUUAUUGAAGAGCAGCUUAAUAACAAGAAAGCACUAUCUGGGGAGAACAACUUCACAGACACAAUGAGACACAUGCUGUCAUCACGUUUGAGCAUGCCUGACUGUCCCAACUGUAAUUAUAGAAGAAGAUGUACUUGUGAUGACUGCAGCCUUUCACACAUUUUAACGUGUGGCAUCAUGGAUUCUCCCAUAACGGAUGAUAUCCACAUUAACCAGUUACCACUACAAAUUGAUUCUGCUCCGGAUUAUUUAUCUGAGAUCCGCCCACCCAGUAUGUCUUCAGCGAGUUCAGGAUCUGGUUCCAGCUCACCUAUCACAAUUCAGCAGCAUCCCAGACUCAUCCUCGCAGAUAAUGGUUCUGCACCAACUUUUGGUAGUGAUGAUGAUGAUGUUGCACCAUUAUCAGCAAAAUUUGCUGAUAUCUACCCACUGAAUAAUUACGACGAUGCAGAGGUUGUAGCCAACAUGAAUGGAAUCCACAGCGAGCUAAACGGCGGCGGCGAAAACAUGGCUUUGAAAGAUGAGUCUCCUCAGGUGAGCAGUACUAGCAGCAGUUCCUCAGAAGCAGAUGAUGAAGAAGCAGAUGGGGAGAGUAGUGGUGAACCACCAGGGACUCAAAAGGAGGAAAUGUCUCUGGGAAAAAGGGCAUUAAGGAAAGAUGAAACAAAAAUGGAUAGUCCACCACCUUCUUACCCCAGUCAGCAGGCUGACCAAGGUCCAAAUGCUUGUGAAUGUCACGUUUGCAAACAAGAAGCCUCAGGACUAACAGUCUCUGCACUUGCAACUGGACGCCUGCCUGCUGGGCACCAGUUUAUGAAUCCUGAAAAACCUGCACAUCCUGCACUUCAUCUUUAUCCUCACAUCCAUGGACAUAUACCAUUGCAUACAAUUCCUCAUCUGCCUCGUCCACUUAUCCAUCCCACCUUGUACACUGCUUCUCCCUUCACACACAAUAAGGCAUUACCACCAGCUCCAGUUCAGAAUCACACAAACAAGCAUCAAGUAUUCAAUGCAUCUCUCCAAGAUCAUAUUUAUCCAAGCUGUUUUGGGAGCACUCCAGAUUGGAAUAGCUCUAAAUUUAUAAGUCUUUGGGGUUCAGAGGUGAUGAAUGACAAGAACUGGAAUCCUGCUACAUUUUUGCCUGACACAAUUCCUGGGAGUGAUAUAUUAGCACCAGCACUCUCAGAAAUAAGACCCGAAGCACUUCCUACUACAUCUAGCAAUGAAACAACAGCAGUUACUGACAGCAAAGAGAAAAAAAAUGCUGCAAAGAAGAAAUGUCUGUACAAUUUCCAGGAUGCCUUUAUGGAAGCUAAUAAAGUUGUCAUGGCAACCUCUUCUGCCACUUCUUCUGUCUCCUGCACAGCAACUACAGUGCAGUCAAGCAGCAACCAGUUCAAAGUGUCAUCCAAGAGACCUUCAUCGAUAGGUGAAGUGUUCCACAAUAUUAAUAAAGAGGACCAUAGACAUUCUGCGCCAGUUGCACCACGAAAUAGUCCUACCAGUUUAGCAUCCCUUCCUUCACUGUCUCCUGCUGCACUGUCUCCAGCCUCCACACCACAUCUUCCAAACCUUGCUGCUCCUUCUUUCCCCAAAACUGCUGCAACAGCCCCUGGAUUUGUGGAUCCUCAUUCAGGUCUUUGUCCUACCACAGUUGCACCUCCUACUUCAACCACAGACAGCUCUGUAAGUGCCCCACCAAGUGUCUGCAGUGAUCCUGAUUGUGAGGGCCAUCGCUGUGAGAACAGUAACACGUACGAUCAUCAGCAGUAUGAUGGAGAGGAGAGCCAGGAUGAAGAUAGCUGUUCAGAGCAUAGCUCCAGUACCUCAACUUCCACAAAUCAGAAGGAAGGAAAAUACUGUGACUGCUGUUACUGUGAGUUCUUCGGCCAUGGAGGACCUCCAGCUGCACCAACCAGUAGAAAUUAUGCAGAGAUGCGAGAGAAGCUUCGUUUACGUUUGACUAAAAGGAAAGAGGAGCAGCCGAAGAAACCAGAUCAGAUCUCUGAAAGGGAAAGUGUUGUUGACCAUCGAAAGGUGGAGGACUUGCUACAGUUUAUAAACAGCUCUGAAACCAAACCUGUAAGCAGUUCUCGUGCAGCCAAGAGAGCCAGGCAUAAGCAAAGAAAGCUUGAAGAAAAAGCUCGACUUGAAGCUGAAGCCAGGGAGAGGGAGCAUCACCAGCUGCUUGAGGAGCAGAGGCGGCGUGAGGAAGAGGAAGAAGAGAGGCUGAAACAGGAAUUACAGCGGCUCCAAGAGCUUCAGCAGUUGCGGGCUGUAAAGAAAAAGAAGAAAGAGAGAACAAGUAAGGACUGUCCCAAGGCAGAGCUGCUCACUAGGAACUGCCAGGCGGUGAAGGAGCCUGUCCCAAACACUCCAGAAGACAUUCAGAAUGGUACCCUUGAGCAAUCAGAAAAGAUAGAAACCUCAGCUGGUUCACUGUCACGGCAUGUGAAUCACACAGAGCAGAGGCCAGUUCUAGAGACGGGCUGUGAACUGUCCAAUCCUGUCAGCACUAGAGACUCGAAGCUGCUUUAUCAGAAAGAGGGCAGUGUAAAGCAGCACGAGCCCCUUUCUUUUCUGCUUGAUAUUAUGCAUCAACAUAAAGAAGGAAACAGCAAACAGAAACUAAAACAGAUGAACAAACAGUGUGUUGAACAAGUGAAGAAGCCUGUUGAACCCCCCAAAGCAGCUGAGAUUCAGACUAAAACCAGAAACCAAAUAGAAUCCAAAGCAAAAGCAGCAGAGCUCCCAACACUUGCAGAACCUAAAAAGGAUGAGAAGAAAUUAAACAAUAACAACAAAAAACAGUUGAACCAUGUAAAGGAAGAGAAAGCACCCGUAACAAGUGAAUCCCCAUCUCCAAGUGAACAGCAGCAAAAUAAUAAGCUAAUACUUGCAGAUUCUCCUCAACCAAAAGGCAAGAACAAGAAAAACAAGAAGAAAAAAGGGGACAAAGUCAACAAUUCCAUUGAUGAUGUGUUUCUACCUAAAGACAUUGAUCUAGACAGUGUGGAAAUGGAUGAAACAGAACGAGAAGUGGAGUAUUUUAAAAGAUUCUGCUUGGAUUCUGCCAGACAGACAAGGCAGAGACUUUCCAUCAACUGGUCCAAUUUUAGCUUAAAAAAAACCACCUUUGCUGCACAUUGAAAUGACACAAAAUACAGGGAGGGAACCCUGCAGGAAUCAAUGAACGACAACUCCACUUACCUGUCCUGCUGUGCUGAGAGCUUAUCUGGUCUUGAGCCAGUGCUGCCUUGCCUUGUCCCCAGUGCUGUGUGGAUCUGCACUGAACCCUUUGGCCUGAUAAUUCUUGCGGACUGAAAAAUUGCCACUUUCUACCUGAAUUUGUUAGCUUGUGUGCUUGUAGUCUGUGAGUGAGACUUACUUGAUUGUAGCUGUAUGCUGUUGGAGUUGGAACAAUAGCUCUUUUCCAGCUCCUUCUGAAUGCCUUGGCCUCAGAGACAUUAAAUUGCUUAGGCUUGGGUGGAGGCCAAAAUACUAGGUUGCAUCAUCUGCAGUGGCUCCUGUCACUUCUGCAUCUAGCUAUGUUUUGUCAUUCUGACUCCUGACAAAGGAAUGGACCUAGUCAGUUGUGCUUUCAUCUGCUCCAGAAUUCUCCUGACAUGACUUCAUGAAAAAGAGGCUCUUAUGGGACAAGUAUUCCCUCAGUUCUUUCACAAUCUACUGUUUAAGAGUGUACAAGUUACGCUAUUUGUGUUUUGAUUUUUUUCUUCCUGACUUGUAGCCAGCUUGUGUAAGAAUACUUGCAGAAUGAGAAAAUUUAAAAAAGAACAGUACUCACACUAUCAAAUCUGUUAUAGAGUGUAUAAUUGUAUUAACACUGAAGCCUAACUGGCUACUUUUUUAACAUAUUGUUAAGUAAUAUUAAAAUCAUGUCUUUCUUUUUGAAAGAUGGAA